AUGUCUCCAGCUAUUGAAGAGGGGGUUAACAAAAUCGAACUCAAAGGAGAUAAAUCGCAACCCCCACCUCCUCCGUCUCAGCCAGCAGAGCAAAACGUCACUCCUUGGGAUGUCCAGGGAGAAGUUGCUGCCGAUGGCCAGGUUCUUGCCAUCGACUAUAAUAAACUGAUCGAGAAGUUUGGCACACGCCGCAUAGAUGCAGCAUUGCUCGAACGAUUCGAAAAUAUUACAGGACACAAACCUCAUCCCUUGCUUCGUAGGGGAACUUUCUUCUCUCAUCGUGACUUUACAAAUAUUCUGGACCGUUAUGAGAAGGGCAAACCAUUCUUUCUGUAUACUGGACGUGGGCCCAGUAGCGAUAGCAUGCAUCUUGGACAUAUGAUUCCGUUCAUGUUCACAAAAUGGCUUCAAGACGUGUUUGAUGUCCCACUUGUCAUCCAGCUGACUGAUGAUGAGAAAUUCCUUUUUAAGCAUGAGCUGAAGAUUGAUCAAGUUCGGGUAUUUUCGAACAAGAAUGCACGGGACAUAAUUGCGGUUGGUUUCAACCGGGAAAAGACUUUCAUCUUCAAUGACUUGGACUAUGUCGGGGGAACAUUUUACCAGAACGUCGUCAAGAUCUCCCGAGGAAUUACUUUGAGUCAGGCCAAAUCGACAUUCGGAUUUGUUGAAUCAGACAACAUUGGCAAGAUUCAUUUCGCAUCUAUCCAAGCAGCGCCAUCCUUCUCCAAUUCGUUCCCACAAAUAUUUGGUACCAAACAUGAUGUCCCUGCUCUCAUUCCCUGUGCGAUCGACCAGGACCCAUACUUCCGCCUCACGCGAGACGUCGCGAACAAACUCGGCUAUCCUAAACCCUCGCUCCUGCACUCUAAAUUCUUCCCCGCACUGCAAGGUGCUGGAUCCAAGAUGAGCGCAUCAAACACGAACAGCGCGAUCUUCAUGACCGACACUCAAAAUCAGAUCAAGAACAAGAUCAAUAAACAUGGGUUUAGUGGGGGUCGUGAAACCGAGGAAGAGCACAGACGGUUGGGAGGUAAUCCAGAUGUCGAUGUUGCGUAUCAAUAUCUCGGAUUCUUCAUGGACGACGACGAAGAAUACGCUAAAAUCGCCGAGGAGUAUAGGGCGGGAACGUUAUUGACCGGUCAGUUGAAGGCCAAGUGUAUCCAGGCCCUACAAGGGUUUGUCAAGGACUUCCAAGAACGCAAAGCCGCGAUCACCGAUGAAGACGUGGCAUACUUCAUGGACGCCAGCCGCAAGAUUGACCCUACUGUUAAAGCACGCGCCGACUCGGCACCGGCAGCGCCCUGA